AUGAACACCAUGAAGAUGCUGGAAGAGGCAAGGGUGUUCGCAGCGGCAGUGGACGGGAACAUUGCGGGGGAGCCAGCAUCCAGCCCCGAAGCCUCAGAUUCUGCGGGCCCCUCGCUGGGCAUGGCGUCAAUGUCGUACUCCUCUGUUCCAAGCAAGUUCCUGGCCACGACCAAGUUCCCGGCCUACCCCGCGGCCCGCCUGGGGGACCCGGGCGUGCCCUCGGGCCUCCUGUCCCCCCUGUACCCGUACCAGCGCGCGACGAGCACCGGCUGCCCCCAGCAGUACAGCGUGACCCUGCGCGGGGCCAGGGGCACCGGCGCCGUGGACGACAGCCCCGCCAUCGCCAGGACGGCGGCCGCGUCGGCGCAGGUGUACUUCCCGCUGCGCAGCGGCGCCACCAGCAGCGUGUACCUGAUCAGCAGCUCCAUCACCGUCGCCCGCCCCAUCAUCGUCCCCUGCGGCGUUAGGCUGCAGGUUGCCGCGGGGAAGACCCUCACCAUCACCGCGCAGCCGCGCGUGACCUGCAUGAACCAGGCCAUAUUCUCCGGCUCCGGCGCCGUGAAGCUGAGCGGGGCGGUGCGCGACAUUCACCCCAGCUGGUUUGGCACGCCCGCCACCGACGCCACGGCCGCCGUGCAGCGGGCGGCAGACGCCUGCGCCUCCGGCGCCUGCACCGUCUGGCUGUCGCGCGCCACGGGCCUCACCCGCACCAUCACCCUGCGUGGCAACGCGGGCGUGCAUGCCAGCGCCGGGGCAACUGUAUUCCCUGUGGGGGGCUCCUCCGCCAACGUCAAGCCCUUCUCGGCCUUCACGAUGGCGCCGGGGACAUACCCCAACCCGAUCAGCCUGUCCAGCAUCACCUCCUUCAAGUAUGCCGUCACAGUCAACGGUGGAGUCAAGUCGGCCAGGGUCCGGAUCGGGAGUGCCACCUAUGGCACCUCGGCGCUGCUCCUCAACCCAGGCUCUGGCUCCUCCAUCUCCGGACUCUCCCUCUUCCUCACUGCCUGUGCAUACUACACCAACUGCUUGGAGAUUGUGGGCUCGGCGUCGGGGGCCAGCCUGGUAAACUCGGUGCUCAGGAUCAACUUUGCAACCACCAUCUACAACGCGGCCGUGCUGUUCACAGGGUCCCGGCCGCCCAGCUUCACGCGGAGCGGCGUCGUCUUCCAGGCUGUCGACCCGACGCCCAUCAGUCCCCCCUUCUCGACCCUCAAGAACGCUGCAACGUCCCCGGCCAGCGGCUUCACCCUGGGCGUGGACACGUGGCUGGGAGGGUUUCCCAUGGGCUCCAGCACCCUCGGGGCGCUGUCCACAGGGCAGCUGGUGAAGGGCAGCUUCUCAAACCUCCUGUCCAGCUUUGCGCUUGCCAAUGCCGACUCCAUGAAGAGCAACAACAUGUGGAGCAUGUCUGGCUCCUCCAACAUCGCAAGCGUGCCCUACCUGGGCAGCGCAGGCGCCAUUUACGGAAUGUCCAUGACCGCCUUCUCCGUCAUGUCCAAUGUCCCGGUGUUCUACACCAGUGUGCAAAUAUCUUCCUCCUGGAAAGCUGGAACCUCCCAAUCCUUCCUAAUCUACACCCCCCUGGCCAGAUGGGCUCCCACCUCCAGCUUUACAUUCGUGCCUUUCAGGCAGUACAACAUCUGGCUGGUGUGCACCAAGAUUGAGAACAGGAACUCCAUCACCAGGAAUCAGCUGAGGGUCACCCUCAAGAACGUGUCCAAAUCUACCAUCCCCUAUCCCAUGCUCAUGAGAUUUGGGCUGCAAGUGGGCUUCUGA